AUGAGCAUUUUCACUUUUAUUCCUAGCUCUUUCCCAAACAUCGCAUUUGGACCUAUCGCCUUCCGCGUCCCCCAAGCUUCUCCCCACCGUCUCUCACACACCUCCCCACGCACACGCCCACUCUUCCCACCGUCGCCCAAGCUUUCCCCCACCGUCGCUCACGCUUCCCCUUAUCGCCGCUCACGCUUCCUCCGACCUUCCCCCACACCGUCGCUCACGCCUUUCCCCACCUUCCCUCACGUUUCCCCUCUCAUCGCCCACGAUUCCUCCCACUGUCGCCCACGCUUCGGAGCACCGUCACCCACGCUUUCCCCACCGUCGCCCACGCUCCCCCCCACCGUCGCCCACGCUUCCCCCCACCGUCACCCACGCUUCCCCCCACCGUCACCCACGCUUCCCCCCACCGUCGCCCACGCUUCCCUCCACCGUCGCCCACGCUUCCCCCCACCGUCGCCCCCCGCUUCCCCCUACCGUCGCCCACGCUUCCCCCCACCGUCGCCCACGCUUCCCCCCACCGUCGCCCACGCUUCCCCCCACCGUCGCCCACGCUUCCCCCCACCGUCGCCCACGCUUCUCCCCACCGUCGCCCACCGCCACUGUCGCCCACGCUUGCCCUCCCAUCGUCCUCGCUUAGCCUUCCCGCCGACCUCCCUUCUCUCCUCCUCUCUCCACGUCAUCAUCACUCCCCUGCCCAUCACGUUCCCCCUCUUCACCAUCGCUUCUCUACCCAUGCCGCCCACCCUCUCAUCCCUUCCCAUUGCAGAAUGA